AUGCCCGGCCGUCUUCCAACGCUCUCCGACUUUUCCCCAAGCAUCGCCCUCAAUAUCAUUCCACCUCCCACCAACCACCCACCCACGAACAUCCUGAUCCUCCUCCACGGCCUCGGCGACACUCACCUUCCCUUCACCCAACUAGCGCGCCAGCUCUCGCUGCCAGAAACAGCAUGCCUCUCCCUCCGCGCUCCACACCCCCUCCCCGACCUCUUCGGCAUCCCCGGCUACCACUGGGGCGACGACAUCCAAUUCGACUCCUCGAGCGGCGAGAUGGACAUGGACACCGGCUUCAAGUCCUCCAUCAAGCUUGUCGCCGAAGACGUGAUCCGCACAGUCCUCAUCGACAAAUGCGGCUACGCUGCACGAGAAAUCAUGCUCUUCGGCUUCGGACAAGGCGCGCUGGUUGCGCUGGGCGCGGUUGCUGAGCUCGAGGAGCAGGACCUCGGGGGCGUGGUGGCGGUCGGUGGGUUCUUGCCGAUUUCGACGCCGCUGCCGGCGGUGGGGAAGCGGAAGAGCAGGACGCCGGUGCUGGUGUGUAAGGGGAGAGCCAGGUCGCUUGUCACCGAUUCCACGCUGGCGAGGAUAAAGGAUUGGUUUGAGGCGGUGGAGGUGAGGGAGUGGAAGAAGGUCGGGGAUGGGAUGCCGGCCAAUAGGGAGGAGAUGCUGCCGAUUAUGCAGUUCUUUGCCAGGAGGUUGAGGAGUAGGUGGGGCGUUCCGGAAGGCGCUGUAGAAAUCGGGUGA